UGCAAUGUGACACAGCCGAAAAAAAAGUCCACAUUGGUUUUUGUCAGCGUGUGCAUUAGUUUAGCGGAGCAGAAACUCCACAGAUUGCAGACAGCCUGGAACGUAGUGAGAAGUAUGAUCCUGGCACUGUCUUGAAACAACCAAGGGAGGUGUCACAGAGAGCCCAGGAGAGGUAGGAGGAACUGCAGGACCUGAGGCUGUGGAGUCACUGACGGUGGGUACUGACAAGAGGAGAGGACAACCGUCAGCUGCUGGAGCCUUAGCCAUUGCCUGCCCUGUGGCCAAUCCCACUGAGGGGACGGCCGCGGAGAUCAGUCUGCGCGUCGCAUUUUACUUAAUCCCCCUCUGUCUCAGCACGUCUCUGCGAAGGAACCAUGGGCACCGUCCGGAGCAAGGAGAAGUGGGACUGCACGAGGUAUCUCAACGGGACUAGGACACUCCCCCCUGCCGAGGGAAAGGCCGGUGGAGAGAGAGAAGAUCUCGCUCCAUCCCCGUUGAGCAGUAAAGUGACAGGAAGGACCGAGGGGGACCAGCCGCAGGGGAAAAUGAGAUGGGCUGUGCUGCCCAGCAGCCUACCGGGAUACCCUCACUGCGGAACCAUCAAGAUCGACUACACCUUCACAGAUGGGAUACAGAUGGAAAGGAACCCAAAUCCAGGGAAACCCUUUUGCGGAAUCGGUGCGGUGGCCUAUUUACCUGAUGACAGCGAGGGGAACCAGGUUUUGAGGCUGCUGGAGAGGGCCUUCGAGCAGAAGCUGUUGUUUACGGUGGACAGCGACGGAAGCGGGGCGGAGAUCGUGGCGUGGGCCGACGUCUCUCACAAAACGCUUGCUUCAGGGGGCCCCGAAAGCAUUAGCUACCCAGACCCGGACUAUCUGAAGGACGUGAAGAGGGUCCUUAAAGCCAAAGGCAUUGAAUGAAGCAUCCCUGGGACGGAAGGACAGACAGAUGUCCUUUUAACACACUGGAACAAAAGAACAGAGACCCAUUCCAAAGACGCUCUGCAGUAUACUGCAUGUUUUUUUUUUUCCUGUGAUGGCGCCAGGUGGAGGAAAGAGUCGUGCAGGCAGCAUACUGUGCUCUUAGCCGUUACACCUGGGGUGGCCUAUGGUUUGGGUCGCGGUACUAUCGCUGCUGGAGAUUAAAAGCAGAUCUUUUCUGAUCUCCCCUGAAGGUGGGGAUCCAGAGAUAAGAUUGUGAAGGGAUCUCUCUGCUUCUUCCUGUAGGCUCUCAGUUCUAAUGAAUGAUACUCUUCUCCUCUCAGCAUGUCUGCCUUACAUCUCACUGUCUUUCAUUGUGUAUGGAGAUUUUUUGGGCUUGAGCUAGAGAACAAGGAACCAGUUUCAAAGGUGAAACCAGUCUAUUGUGAUCCUUGUUCAUAUGCUGUAUAAAUGUAUUUUAAAAAUGUUUGUGUUCAAAUCACUCAGAUUUAAGGGAGAGGAAAUGUCGCACAGAAUAAAUGAAAGAAAAUGAAAGUGGAGUAUAAACCUCUACCUUGCUGUGCGUGAGUAAAGCUGAUAGCAUUGCAUUGAGGUUACAUUAUUUCAAGACCACGUAUGUGUACACACUGUGUGUUGACAGUUAAAACCUUCACACUGGAGCUGAGGAGUAACAUUCAACUGUUCAUGAUUUUCUUAAGCAUUACUUUCUAUUUCUUUUUUUUUUACCUGUAGAUACGUAAACAGUAAGAAAUGACUCAUGAAAUUCUGUG